AUGACUAUGCCCAUCUCUGCUAUUUUUCUGUUGACUCUCUUUUCUGUCAUUUAUGGCACUGCAUCUACCCAUCAUCUUCGUCACACUCUAUCUUCUGAUUCCUACCAUCAACCUUACAGAACUGCUUAUCACUUCCAACCUCCCAAGAAUUGGAUAAAUGGACCAUUGCGAUAUGGAGGACUUUAUCACCUGUUCUAUCAGUACAAUCCUAAAGGUACUGUUUGGGGAAAUAUCAUUUGGGCACAUUCAGUGUCAAAGGAUCUUGUGAACUGGACCCCACUAGAUCCUGCUAUCUUCCCAUCUCAGCCAUCUGAUGUAAAUGGUUGUUGGUCAGGAUCAGCCACACUGCUUCCUGGGAACAAACCGGCCAUUUUAUACACUGGAAUUAACCCAUUGAAUCAACAAGUCCAAAACUUGGCCAAGCCCAAAAAUUUGUCUGACCCUUUUCUCAGGGAAUGGGUUAAGUCGCCCAAAAAUCCUCUAAUGGCACCAACUAGUGCUAAUAAGAUCAAUGCAAGUUCAUUUAGGGACCCCACCACUGCUUGGCUAGGCCAGGAUGGACAUUGGAGAGUACUUGUUGGAAGCAAAAGGGGAACAAGGGGUAUGGCACUUCUAUAUAGGAGCAAAGAUUUUGUUGAUUGGGUUCAAGCCAAAGACCCUUUGCAUUCAAUCCUAGGCAGUGGAAUGUGGGAGUGUCCUGAUUUUUUCCCGGUUUUGAAUAAUGGCCAGUUGGGUGUUGACACAUCUGUGAAUGGUGAUUAUGUCAGGCACGUGCUCAAGGUUAGCUUGGAUGACAAAAAACAUGAUUACUACAUGAUUGGAAGUUACAAUGCUGACAAGGAUGCGUUUAUCCCAGACAAAGGGUUUAAUGAAUUUGUUCUAAGAUAUGAUUAUGGAAAAUACUAUGCCUCAAAAAGUUUCUUUGAUGAUGGAAAGAAGAGAAGGGUUUUGCUAGGGUGGGUGAACGAAUCAUCAAGUGUUGCUGAUGAUAUCAAGAAAGGAUGGUCUGGAAUCCAUACAAUUCCAAGGGCUAUUUGGCUGCACAAGUCUGGUAAACAGCUGGUUCUGUGGCCAGUGGAGGAAAUUGAAAAGCUACGUGCAAACCCUGUUAAUUUGCCACCCCAAGUGUUAGAAGGAGGCAAGUUGCUUCAAAUUAAUGGUGUCACAGCAACACAGGCUGAUGUGGAAAUUUCAUUUUCAUUUGAAAAGAGUAAACUGAGAAAGGCUGAAGUACUGAACUAUUGGAGGGACCCCCAAAUUCUAUGUAGCACAAAGGGUUCAUCUCUUAGAAGUGAAUUGGGUCCUUUUGGUUUGCUGGUUUUUGCUUCAGAAGGAUUGCAGGAGUUCACAUCAAUUGAUCAUUCAGUGGUGGAGAGUUUUGAAGGAGAAGGAAGGGGGUGCAUCACUGCCAGAGUUUAUCCUACAUUAGCAAUAGAUGAUAAAGCACAAAUAUAUGCUUUCAAUAAUGGUUCUGCUGAAGUGAUGAUCACAAGGUUGAGUGCUUGGAGCAUGAAGAAAGCACAGAUAAACUGA